ACGUGGCCGGCUCCGGAGGGCUGGGCAGGGAGACGCCCCCGGCCCUCGCUCGCGGGACUUGCCUGCGCGCCGGGCCUCUCGGGCCCCGAGCCCCGGGCGCCCCCGCUCCCCGACGGCGGCCCGCUCCGGAGAGUAUGGUGCCGGCGCCCGGGUUAAUCUAGGGCUCGGCUCGCUCCUGUUCGCCUCCUCCCCCUCCUCGCCCUCCUGUCGGCGCUGCCUCCGGGCUCCCGGCGUGUGGGAGUACAACUCUGCCUCUCCGGGGAGACCGGUUUGUGACCCCCUAACAGAACUUGGCCAUUGAGAGCAAACCCCGAACAGCUGGAUAAUGUCCACUCCGAGCAGAUUCAAAAAGGACAAAGAGAUCAUAGCCGAGUAUGAAAGUCAAGUCAAAGAAAUCCGAGCUCAACUGGUAGAACAGCAGAAAUGCCUGGAGCAGCAAACGGAGAUGCGAGUUCAGCUUCUCCAGGACCUGCAAGAUUUCUUCCGGAAAAAAGCAGAAAUUGAGACGGAAUAUUCUCGGAACCUAGAGAAGUUAGCUGAAAGGUUCAUGGCAAAAACGAGAAGCACUAAGGAUCAUCAACAAUACAAGAAAGACCAGAACUUGUUGUCUCCAGUCAACUGCUGGUAUCUGCUGCUGAACCAAGUGAGGAGAGAAAGCAAAGACCACGCCACCCUGAGCGACAUCUACCUGAACAACGUGAUCAUGCGGUUCAUGCAGAUCAGUGAGGAUUCCACCAGGAUGUUUAAAAAGAGCAAAGAGAUUGCAUUCCAACUUCAUGAGGAUUUAAUGAAGGUUCUUAAUGAGCUUUAUACGGUGAUGAAAACGUACCAUAUGUACCAUGCAGAGAGCAUCAGUGCAGAGAGCAAGCUGAAAGAGGCUGAAAAACAAGAAGAAAAGCAAAUUGGAAGGUCUGGGGACCCGGUCUUCCAUAUCAGACUAGAAGAGAGACAUCAGCGACGGAGCUCUGUAAAGAAAAUCGAAAAAAUGAAAGAAAAGAGACAAGCAAAGUAUUCGGAAAAUAAGCUAAAAUCGAUUAAGGCACGGAAUGAAUAUCUCCUAACCCUUGAAGCAACCAAUGCCUCAGUUUUCAAGUAUUAUAUUCAUGAUCUUUCAGAUUUAAUUGAUUGCUGUGAUCUUGGCUACCAUGCGAGUCUGAACAGAGCCCUGAGGACCUACCUGUCUGCGGAGUAUAACCUUGAAACCUCCAGACAUGAAGGCUUAGACAUCAUUGAGAAUGCAGUUGACAACCUGGAGCCCAGGAGUGAUAAGCAGAGGUUCAUGGAGAUGUACCCUGCUGCCUUCUGUCCACCAGUGAAGUUUGAGUUUCAGUCUCACAUGGGUGACGAGGUGUGUCAGGUCAGCGCCCAACAGCCGGUCCAGGCUGAGCUCAUGCUCAGGUACCAGCAGCUGCAGUCCCGACUGGCCACUCUCAAAAUCGAGAAUGAGGAGGUUAAGAAAACGACUGAGGCCACCUUGCAGACGAUACAAGAUAUGGUCACCAUCGAGGACUACGAUGUCUCUGAAUGCUUCCAGCACAGUCGCUCCACCGAGUCUGUGAAGUCUACCGUCUCAGAAACGUACCUGAGUAAGCCCAGCAUCGCCAAGAGAAGAGCGAACCAGCAGGAGACGGAGCAGUUCUACUUCAUGAAACUCCGAGAGUAUUUGGAAGGGAGUAAUCUCAUCACCAAACUUCAGGCCAAGCAUGACUUGUUGCAGAGGACCCUUGGAGAAGGUCAUAGAGCUGAAUAUAUGACUACAAGGCCUCCAAAUGUUCCCCCUAAGCCCCAGAAACACAGGAAGUCCAGACCCCGCUCCCAGUAUAAUGCUAAGUUGUUUAAUGGGGAUUUGGAAACAUUCGUCAAGGACUCAGGCCAGAUUAUCCCCCUCAUUGUGGAAAGCUGUAUUCGGUUCAUCAAUCUCUAUGGUCUUCAGCAUCAGGGGAUUUUCAGAGUGUCUGGUUCCCAGGUGGAAGUCAAUGACAUUAAAAAUUCAUUUGAGAGAGGUGAAAAUCCUUUGGCUGACGACCAGAAUAACCAUGAUAUUAACUCAGUUGCUGGCGUUCUGAAGCUCUAUUUCCGUGGGCUGGAAAACCCCCUCUUUCCUAAGGAAAGAUUUAAUGAUCUGAUUUCUUGUAUCAGAACAGAUAAUCUCUAUGAGAGGGCGCUUCACAUCCGCAAACUCCUCCUGACCUUGCCCAGGUCGGUCCUUAUAGUGAUGAGGUACCUCUUUGCCUUCCUCAAUCAUCUUUCACAGUACAGUGAUGAGAACAUGAUGGACCCUUAUAAUCUGGCCAUUUGCUUUGGCCCAACAUUGAUGCCCGUCCCUGAAAUACAGGAUCAAGUGUCCUGCCAGGCUCACGUGAAUGAAAUUGUCAAAACCAUUAUCAUCCACCAUGAGACUAUUUUCCCAGAUGCUAAAGAGCUGGAUGGCCCUGUUUAUGAGAAAUGUAUGGCUGGAGAUGACUACUGCGACAGCCCAUACAGUGAGCACGGUACGUUGGAGGAGGUGGAUCAGGACGCUGGCACAGAGCCCCACACCAGUGAGGACGAAUGUGAGCCAAUAGAAGCCAUCGCCAAGUUCGACUACGUGGGGCGAUCGGCCAGAGAGCUGUCCUUCAAGAAGGGCGCCUCGCUGCUGCUCUAUCACCGCGCGUCCGAGGACUGGUGGGAGGGAAGGCACAACGGCAUCGACGGGCUCGUGCCCCACCAGUACAUCGUGGUGCAGGAUAUGGAUGACACAUUUUCAGACACUCUGAGCCAAAAAGCCGACAGCGAGGCCAGCAGUGGGCCAGUCACUGAGGACAAGUCUUCAUCCAAGGACAUGAACUCCCCCACGGACCGGCAUCCCGAUGGCUGUUUGGCCAGACAAAGAAAAAGAGGAGAGCCGCCCCCUCCAGUGAGGCGUCCUGGCAGGACCAGUGAUGGCCAUUGCCCCCUCCACCCCCCGAAUGCUCUUUCCAACUCCUCAGUUGACCUGGGGUCCCCAAACCUGGCCAGUCACCCCCGGGGCCUGCUGCAGAACCGUGGCCUCAACAAUGACAGUCCUGAGAGGAGGCGCCGGCCGGGCCACGGCAGCCUGACCAACAUCAGCCGGCACGACUCCCUUAAGAAGAUCGACAGCCCUCCCAUUAGAAGGUCCACGUCAUCAGGGCAAUACACAGGCUUCAAUGACCACAAGCCCCUGGACCCCGAGACAAUCGCUCAGGAUAUUGAAGAGACGAUGAACACUGCUUUGAAUGAACUCCGGGAGCUGGAGAGGCAGAGCACAGCCAAGCAUGCCCCCGACGUGGUGCUGGACACCCUAGAACAAGUGAAAAACUCUCCCACCCCGGCCACCUCCACGGAAUCUCUCAGCCCUUUGCACAGCGUUGCCCUCAGGAGCUCGGAGCCUCAGAUUCGCCGGAGCACGAGCUCCUCCAGUGACACAAUGAGUACUUUCAAGCCCAUGGUGGCGCCCCGAAUGGGUGUGCAGCUGAAGCCACCCGCCCUGCGGCCGAAACCUGCUGUUCUUCCAAAAACAAACCCCACCAUAGGACCUGCCCCGCCUUCCCAGGGUCCCACAGACAAGUCUUGCACAAUGUAAAAACCAGCUGAGCAAGGUCAUUCGGGGAGGUGAUUAGAAAAAGACAAUGGAUUAGUGACAAAAGUCAACGAUCCAUAAAUUUCCUUAGUUUUGUGCUUAUAACUGGAGAUCUUUUGGCUUUUCUAUGUUCUCGAAUGUAAUGUCUGCGACUAGCUAAAUUAACACGGGCAUUUGUAUUUUGUAAUUUCUUUCUUUUUUUUUAAAUAACUGGACAUAUCUUAUGUCGUUUUAAAGACAAUAGAAACACCUAGACUUACUUGAAAAUCCAAUGCUGCACCAUUUGUAAUGAAGGCAACACCACUCUGCUCUCCACAUUGUACAGUACUUCAGGUACAGCGUAGCCCAGGUGAGUCAGAAAUGUCUGGAUCCGAAGGCUCGAGAAGCUGAGUUCCAGGCCUUGGAGUGUAACCCGUGUUGGUCUGUGGCACUUGGGGUAAUGACUGAAGCGCCGUGACGGCAUUGACUGGUAGCUGACAGUGAGCACCUCUGAUGCCGUGCCGUGGGGCAGAGUCCAGCUCAUGCUAAAGCCCUGCCGUUGUCACAGUGGGAUAUUCCGGUGAUUGCCUCUUUCAUAACGGUCGUUUCCCCGGGUCCAGGUUAAAGACAGCGGAAGGGGGGAACCUCUACAGUUAGCGCUUGAACCGAACCUGGGAAAGGAGAGAGAGACAGCCCUCCCGAGCUAUUGAUGCGACUCUGCCAGGCGCUGGAGGAUUUCCAAGUGCAUCUCCCGCAUUCACAAGGACCAGAGCAGUCUAAUUUAAAGACUUUCUGGUUCCACUGCUCCACAAAUUCCUUCGGAGAUCUGUUGUUUAAUAAGUGACUAGAAAAUCCUUCUAGCUCCCCUGAAGUCCCCGUGUUCUCCUCUGGAAAUGGGGAAAGCCAGCAGCGCACGCGUCCUUGGCUCUUGUAAACAUGCUACAGAGGCUGGAGGAUCCCAAGUGGAACCCCCAGCCCUCCUCCGCGUGCGUCUCUUUGAGCCGGCCUAGAACUGGCUGUGGUACUGGCCGGAGGUGGGAGCAUUUCCUUGUCGUUCCAGGAUGCUUUCCUCCCAAUUUUGCACCCUGAAACCAUGAUUUUUCUUUUCUCUUUUUUUCAGAUGGUCUCUACAUAGCUCACAUAGUCACUCCAUUAGGGACCCUCUUUGUCUGACAUCCUAGCACAUAGCAGAUUCUUUAGCCCACAUUUAUGCUAUAUUUUCCAUCUAAAAAAGGUUGCUUUGAAUUCACUUGUUUUUACUAAGGUACAAAUCACCACUCUCCUACCAGCCGCAGCUUAUAUCAUCUGUAAAUCUAUGAGCAUUUUAUCUACUCUGUCAUUGAACUUACUGAUGAAGAGACUUGGUGGUUGUUUUUUUGUUUUUUUUAAGGAAAAUUGGGUGGCCAAAACUAACCCUUCUGAACCACCAAUGAUUUCCUCCUAGGUUUGGUUUCAAACUGGCAGCCAAUUGCAUGCCACCUAAGAGUUACACAGUGUAGACUUUAUCGGCCCAUUGGGGAAUGCGUCGUGCGGGAAAGAACGAGGAUCUGUCCUAAAAUCAAGAUCGUUACUUUGAUCUCUC